GAGCUAUUUGAAUAGGGAAGAUGGCAGCCGCGGCAGUGGUGGAGUUUCAGAGAGCUCAGUCUCUCAUUAGCACAGACAGAAACGCGUCUAUUGACAUUUUUCAUUCAAUCGUGAGGCGAGAUGUCCAGGAGGAUGACGAAGAGGCGGUUCGUGUCAAGGAGCAGAGUAUCCUGGAGUUGGGUAGUCUCCUUGCUAAGACCGGACAAGCUGCAGAGCUUGGAGGCCUGCUGAAAUUCGUGAGGCCUUUUCUAAUCUCCAUAAGCAAGGCGAAGGCAGCACGCUUGGUGCGCUCACUCUUAGAUCUGUUCCUGGACAUGGAAGCAGCCACGGGACAGGAGGUCGAACUGUGUCUGGAAUGCAUAGAGUGGGCCAAAGCUGAGAAGAGGACCUUCCUCAGACAGGCCCUCGAGGCUCGCCUAAUUUCGCUCUAUUUCGACACUAAGAGAUACCAGGAAGCCCUGCAUCUAGGAACCCAGUUGCUGCAGGAACUCAAAAAGAUGGAUGACAAAGCUCUGCUGGUGGAGGUUCAACUACUGGAGAGUAAAACCUACCACGCACUGAGCAACCUGCCCAAAGCCAGGGCUGCCCUCACCUCAGCCAGGACUACCGCCAACGCCAUUUACUGUCCCCCAAAGCUUCAGGCGGCUCUCGAUAUGCAGUCAGGUAUUAUCCACGCGGCUGAAGAGAAAGAUUGCAAAACGGCCUACUCUUACUUCUUCGAGGCUUUUGAGGGCUAUGACUCCAUCAACAGCCCCAAGGCUGUCACAGCACUUAAAUACAUGCUCUUGUGCAAGAUCAUGCUCAACUCGCCAGAGGAGGUACAAGCCCUGAGCAGUGGCAAACUGGCUCUACGAUAUAUAGGGAGAGAGACUGAUGCACUCAAAUGUAUAGCACAAGCCAGCAAGAACAGAUCAUUAGCAGAUUUCGAAAAGGCCCUGACAGAUUACACUAAAGAACUGAGAGAUGACCCCAUCAUCAACACACACUUGGCCAAACUUUAUGACAAUUUGCUGGAACAGAACCUCAUUCGGGUCAUUGAGCCUUUUUCCAGAGUACAGAUAACACACAUAGCAGGUCUCGUCAAACUCUCAAAGGAUGAUGUUGAGAGGAAACUGUCACAAAUGAUCCUGGACAAAAAGUUUUAUGGGAUCCUUGACCAAGGGGAAGGUGUGCUUAUCAUAUUUGAGGAACCCCCUGUGGACAAAACCUACGAGGCAGCCCUAGAAACCAUACAGAACAUGAGCAAAGUUGUGGAUUCGCUGUACAACAAGGCUAAGAAGUUAACAUAGGUGAGACGAAACGUCAGAAGCUGCUGCUGUGUGAAAUGUUUGUAUGUUUGUGAGUUUGCCUGUAUGUAUGUGUGUGUGUAUAGCCAACACGUGGAUCCGUCUCACAGCAAAGGGACAACGAAAAAUGCAACAGGAUCUACUGGUUCCCCAGUUGAGAAUUUUUAAUGUCUCUUUCAAAUGGACAAUUUCAUCUGAUUUCCUGUUUUUUUUUUUCUCUUCUGUAUCUCUUAACGGCCAACGCAGGCCAUCAGGGAAUGUUGUACAACUACAAUAAAAUCCUAAAAUGUCAUAAAGAAAUGUAUAGCUCUUCUACAUUUAAAGUUUUUUUUAUUACAGCAACUUUGAUACACGGACUCUUGGGUUGCAGUGAUCUGCGGUUCAUUUGUUGCUUGCAGAAGAACACAUUUUUUUUCUCCAACUUUUUUCCGAUUUAAUGGAUGUAUGUGUCACGCUUCAGGUGUGAUUUUAAAGGUUUUUGGCAGUAAUGCAGUUUGAUAGGCUCUGUAAUAAGCACAGUUGCCAAACAUAUAACCACACACUAGAAGAUUAUUUUUGAAGUUCAUAUGAUCAAGAGUAUUGUUUGUCAUUUACUUUCUUAGUACGCUGUCUUUACAGUUUUGUACUUCCAGAUUACUGUUUGCCAAGUAGGGUGGUUAUAUUAAAUGGCCCCACUCUCACAAUUGUUUUACUGUACUCCUCUUUGAUAAAGUACUCCUAUUCUCAAGACACAUGUUUGUCUGCUUUGAGGUUCAUUUUGUCAUUUCUUUCUGUCAUUUGUAGUUUGCCAGCAAUAGAACACAAGUCAAAUACCCGUUAAACAUAAUUUUUCAUGGAAUUUAAAAAUCCAUUUUUAUUUUGUUACUUUUAUUUUGAUACUUUAACUCAUUGCUUUUGUGAAAAUGUAAACAUUCAGACGUCUUUUGUUUCUGUUUAUUGUGCAAUGAGAAAUAUUCACAAAAGUAAUUCAGGUGAGAAUGGGGUGUUAAACUUUUGAGGCCCAGUAUUUGAGCGCUCCCUGCAUGUGUUUGUGAUUGAUUUGUUGUGGCAAUCUAUCAUUAAGAUUUUAGUGGAAUAUAAAACACGUUGGAGGUCAUUUUUUUGUGACUAACAAAGAAAAGUGGUCCAAAAUCUUUCUAUUUGAAGCUCGAAUUUUUAUGUAUUGAAAUCUUAGUAAGCAGAUUUCACAUUGAAAAGUUUUUUUGUAUGGGUUGGCCUGUUUUUUUUUAUUCCAUGUAAUCGUUAUAAGGGAAAUAAUCCUUGUUUGUAAAUGAGUAGGGCAUUUUACAGUAAUGUGAAAGCCAUAAAGGUUGAAGUUUGCCGUUUUGUGUGUUUGUUUGUAAAGACAUAAAUGAGCCGGGAUUUUUAAAUUAAGAGCUAAGCAUUUGGCAGAUGCUUUUAUCCAAAGUGGCUUUAUUUUGUCAUCGUGUGUGUUCCCUGGAAUUAAACGAAUAUUUUAUAGA